AUGGCCGACUCAUGGCUGAGGGUGUCUCGGGAGUACCGCGCUGCGGGCAUCCUGCCGUACAGCUUCGACAGCGACGGUCGGCUGCUCUUUCUGUUCCAGGCAGAGGCGAGCAAGAAAAAAGCGCACGCGCGGAAUGGGCUACGGCGGAACGCGGGGCGAGGGAAUGGGGCAGGAGCGGGUGGAGGAGUGGCGGAGCACGUAGGACGGGACGAGAACGGGGAACGGGGCGAGCAGGGGCACGAGGGGCAAGAGUGUGCGCGGCAAGAGCGCGAGGAGGCGGAACGUCGUAGUGGUGGCGGCGCAGAGGACACGAGGGGCGCUGCGCACAACGUUGCUUGCGCUGAUGACGGCGAUGGCGGCGCGGAAGGAGACGGCGCGGAAGGAGACGGCGCGAGAAUUGGCGAUGAGGAAGCUGGUCGCUUGAUCUGCGCGGAUGCUCAGUGCGCGGAGGGGAGCUCGGGCGCGGACGCCCGUUGCACGGAGGCGAGCUCGGGCGCGGGAGGCGGGGGGAGCGCGCAAGGAUGUUCGAGUGCCCCGGGCGACGGGGAAGCGGACGAGACGAGCGGCGCGUGGAAGGAGGGCGGAAGCGGUCGCGAGGGGAAGGAUGAGAGGAAGCGAAGCGGGGUUGCGGUAGUGGAGUGCGGAGAUGCCGCGCGACAGGGGGCAGAGACAGGCGGGAGAAGAGCGGAUGAGGGAGAGAGGGGUGGGAGAGGAAGGGAGGGAGGAAGGAGGAAUAGGAGAAGAGGGCGAGGGAAGAAGGGUGAACGCACAGAACGGAAGGGUCCAUGUGUUGAGGAUGGAACGCAAGGGAAUGGGCGCGAGGAGAGUGAUGAGCGAGAGGAGGGUGAUGAGCGAGAGGAGGGUGAUGAGCGAGAGGAGAUUGAUGAGCGAGAGGAGAGUGAUGAGCGAGAGGAGGGUGAUGAGCGAGAGGAGAGUGAUGAGCGAGAGGAGGGUGAUGAGCGAGAGGAGGGUGAUGAGCGAGAGGAGGGUGAUGAGCGAGAGGAGGGUGAUGAGCGAGAGGAGGGUGAUGAGCGAGAGGAGAGUGAUGAGCGAGAGGAGGGUGAUGAGCGAGAGGAGGGUGAUGAGCGAGAGGAGGGUGAUGAGCGAGAGGAGGGUGAUGAGCGAGAGCAGAGUGAUGAGCGAGAGGAGGGUGAUGAGCGAGAGAGCGAGCUACAGGAUGGGAAGGAAAAUGGUGAGCAGCAAGGGGAUGGGAAGCAGAGGAAGGAGGAGCAAGGGGAGGGGCAGCAAGAGCAGGAGGAGCAAGGGGAGGGGAAGCAAGAGCAGGAGGAGCAAGGGGAGGGGAAGCAAGAGCAGGAGGAGCAUGGGAAGGGGAAGCAAGAGCAGGAGGAGCAUGGGAAGGGGAAGCAGGGGUUAGAGGAGCAAGGGAAGCAGGGGGUGGGGGAUCAAGGGACGGGGCAGCACGAGAAGGAGCAACAAACGAUGGAGGAAAGGAGGAGGAGGAAGCAGCAGGCACGUGAGCUGAAGGCGGAAAUCAGGAGGCAGCAGAGGGAGAGGCAGAAGCAGCAGAAACAAGAGAGGAGGAAUCGGAAGCCAGAUCAGCAGAAGCAGCAGCAGCCGCAGCAGCGAGGGCGCGUGGGGCCGGUGUAUCUGAUGGACUUUGGCGGCAAGAUAGAGGAUCAAGACAACCAUGCACCCACUCUCACCGCCGCCCGGGAGUAUGUGGAGGAGCUUGAGGCUGGCUGCGAGAAGCUGGAGGGCGCCAUGUGGCAGAAACGCGUCGCUGAUGUGGCAGCAGCUCUGGACCAAUCAGAGGCGUUCUAUUGCAAGGCUAGCAAGUAUGUUCUCUUCCUGAUUUCCUCCAGCAGCGUCGCUUCUCACAUGGAGGUCCUUAGCGGCUCGUUCGGCGAUCCAAUGAGCGGCAUUCGCAACGCGGCUGAGGCCCGAGCGGAGAUUGCGCGAAGAGUCGUUUCUAACUUGCGAUCCGGCGCACAUCCCAAUCUUUUCGCAGAAUCUGACGAAUUUUCCGACGUAGGAGAAUUCGCCGACCAGGCAAACUGGAUCGACUCGGGUCGCUUCGACGAAAAGCUUCCACCGGAGGGGGUCGGCCAUGCGGAAUGUCCGGAGAGCGGCGCGCCGCUGAGGCGAGGCAAGUCGCUGGGAGCGCCGAAGCAGAGCUGCCACGCGGUCAGCGGCGAUACGCUGUCACCCAUGUCCCCGCGCCUUAUUUCCGAAGCCAACGUAUGGGAGGAUUUCUGGCAUGUUGGGAGUGUUGCCGGCGCCGGGGAAGACCUAACGCGGGUGGCGCGCGCGGGUGGCGCGCGGGAAGAGCUAGCGCGGGUGGCGCGCAAGGUCGUGGCUUCCGCCACUGCCGCUUCUCCGCGCUCUCGCCGUGAUUCCCCGCCGAGCGCGGCGGAGAACUCGGCGGAGCGGGUCGAGGGCGAAUCAGACCUGUACGGCGUGGAUGCAUCGGCCAGGACUGAUAACCUUUACGGUAGGCGUGGUGAUAGCGAGGAGUGUUUUAUCGGGGAUGAAGAUUCUCCCCAGUAUGUGGGAACAGGAGAGUGGAAAGCAGACGGGCCGAUUUUUUCGACGGGGGAGGAGGAGAAUGUGAGAAGCGGCGGUUACGGUGGCGAGGAGGGUAGUGAGAGCGGCGGAGUGGCGGAAGGCGAGGGGGAUUUGUACGGUGACGAAGAGGAGGGCGCGGAGGAUGCGGAGGACGCGGAGCAGAAUGACGAGGCGGAUAUUAACGAGGAUAUGUAUGGCGGUGGCGGCAGCGACGGGGAGGGGGGAUUGAGCGCGGCGGAGCGGGAAGAGGGGGGCCUGCGCGGAGGCGAGGGGAGUGGGGCGGGGGAAGGAGUAGGCGGGGAAGAGGAGGGUGAGGGGGAGGAUUUGUACGGCGAGUGCGGCGAUAGUGACGCGGGCGAGGGGGAGGAGCAGGUGUGGGGGGACGACUGGGGCGGUGACGCGGGCGACGAGCGGAGAUUAAAUGAGGGGGAUGAGGAGGAGCGCGAAGAGGGAGGGGAGGACGGGGGAGAGUUGGGCGGAGAUGGGGAUGCGUAUGGGGGGUGGGAGGGGGAAAUGCACAUGCACAUGCAGCAGUGCGAGUGGGAGGCAGAGGAGGGAAGGUUGUGGGAGGAGGUGGGCGAGGGAAGUGAGAGGGAGAGGGGCCAGGGGGAGCGGGAGGCGGGGGAGGAGGAGGAGGAGGAGGAGCAGGAAGGAGGGGGGGAAGCAGGGAGUGCAGGGGAUGGGAGUGCGCUGGUGGUUUCACCUCCACGCUCCCUAGAGUCGUGUGCGGAGGAGACCCCCUGUUUGAGCACGCUCUAUCAGCAGCUGUGCCACGUGGGAGAGCGCGCAGCAGAGGAGUACCCUGGCUCUGAGGAUCUGUACGACGCCACGUCAGCACACGGCGGUGACACGGCAGAAUUGGACGAGGCGGCAGCGGGCAGAGAAGGCACGGCGGCAGCAGAGGGCAGCCACAGAGUGGGGCGCCAUGGCGGCCUGCCCCAUCCUAGCUUGUCCCAUCCUACCCUCCCGCAUGCUGCCGCCCCGCCGCAUGCCGCCCUGCCACAUGCCGCCCUGUCGCACGCCGUCCUGCAGGGCUUCCGGCAGCGGGUGCGCCUCUCAUUGGACGUGGAGGUCGAUGCUGACUCAUCCUACCUCGCUGAUGACGUAAGCGGUGACGACUUCGACUUACCUAGCGAGGAUGCUAGUAGCGAGGUGCAGGACGGCGAGGGGGGCGUGCCGGGCGGCGCAGCAGCAGUGGCUCGGUAUCUGGCGGAAUGCGCUCGUGAUGGUGGUGAUGGUGGUGAUGACAUGAGCGCUGGUUCUGGCUUUGAUAAUGGUGCUGCUGGUGCUGGUGCUGGCGGUGGUGCAUGUGACAUCUACGUGCAUGUGCAGCGCACACAGGGGAGCGAGUGCGAGUCCGGGGAGGAGCUAUUCAGCCACACGCUCAGCGGCAGCCGGGGCAGCAGCGCUGGAGAGGAGUCGCAUGCUGCAGGGGUGGGUGCAGCAGGGGUGCGCAUGGCGAUGCAUGGAGACGGGGCGAGUGGCUUGGCAGGGCCCGGUGGUGUGGCGAGUGGCACGUGGCAUGUGGGGCGGAGCCCACUGGGAGGAGCAGGCCGGCAGCAGGGCGAGGCGGUGGGUGUGGGUUUCAGUGACCCAGUGCAGAGCGUGGGAGUGGGUUUCAACGACCCGGCACAGGGCGUGGGAGUGAGGCAGUAUGACGCACUCUCCAUGCAGCCUGCUGCCUCCUCUGCUGCCUCUUCCUCUGCUGCUGCUGCGGCUGCUGCCGCUGGGGCACUGAAUGGAUCUGCACCACAAGCCCAGCACUUCCCCCGCAACUCCCCCACCAGCGCGUUUGCAAGCACCGGGGCAGCAGCAGCUCGUCUGGCCCGCACAACCUCAAUGCAGCCUGCUGCCUCCUCGACUGCUGCUACUGCUGUUGCUGGGGCACUGAAUGCCACCCCUCCACAAGCCCAGUACUUUCCCAAAAACUCUCCUACUGGUGCGUUCACACAUGCUGCAAUCACCGGGGCAGCAGCAGCAACUCGACUGGCCCGCACCACCUCCAUGCAGCCUGCUGCCUCCUCGGCUGCUGUUGCUGCUGGGGCACUGAAAGCAGCUGCAACGCAAACUCAAUACCUUCCUGGAAACUCCCCAACCGGUGCGUUCACACAUGCUGGAGGCACGGGGCCAGCAGCAGCAGCUCGUCUAGCCCGCACAGCCUCCAUGCAGCCUGCUGCCUCCCCCUACCCCGCUGCUGCUGCUACUGCCACCUCUCCGUAUUCCACUGCUGCUGCUGCUGCUGCUGGUUCUCCCUUUUCAGCUGCUGCUAUUGCAGCGGGGGCAGUGCAGGGCGGUGCAGCCCUCGGCAAGCAAGUGCCUGGCAAUUCACCCACCGGGGUCUUUGCUCGUUCAGUGAGCAUGGGGGCAGCAACGCAAGCGGUGCCGGCAGCAGGCAGGGGUGGGGGUCAGGCCAUGCGGGGUCUGCAGGUGGAGCUGCCGAGGAAUGUGGGUAAAGGUGGCGGCAGGAACGCGAGCAGCACCAAAACCACAGGUGGCACUGGCAAGAAGGCGAGCGGUAAUUUGGCAGGUGCUGGUGGCGCUGGUGGUGGUGCAGAGACAGGGAGCAAGGCUGCACUGAGCAAGUCCCCCUCUCGUGCUCGCCUGGCCUCGUCCCUCUCCCCGCCCUCUCGCCGCAUGAAUGAGCUCCUCUCCUCCUCCACCCUGCCCCGGGUCCCGGUAAAGACACCCAAGGGUGACAAGGGGGGUGGCAGUGGGAGUGUUGAGGGUGGGAGUGGUCAGGGUGGGGGUGGCAGAGGCAAAGGUGGGGGAGGGGAAGGUGGUGGUGGGGUAGGCUACACCACAGGGAGGUUGCUGCAGGCAGAGCAACAGAGGAAACGGCAGCAGCGGCAGCAGAAGCUGCAGCAGCUGCUAGGGAAGGACAGUCCAAACAAUGCCACCCGAGCCAACUCCAACAACGCUGGAGCAAGCAGCACUGCCGCCAUUCCUGCCGGCAACAGCAGCAGCACUGCUGCGUACACUCGCUCUGCUUCUCUCGCUCGCAGCACCUCCAAGCUCAUGCGAACAGCCUCUGCAGUGGGCGCACAGGAGAAGGCCGGGAAGAGUGGUGCCAGUGGUGCUGGUGGUGGUGAAGGGGCGGGAAGAGGAGGGGCUGCAGCAGCACUUGCCAGAAGUAGCAGCACUGUCGCUGCAGUGGCAGCAGGAGCGGCAGCAGCAGGGGUGGAGGCAGGUGCAUCGAGAGCAGGGCUGCAGCGCACCAAGAGUGGUAACAAACUCAAGGCGGCAGUGGGGAAAAGCAGCGCUGCCAAGUCCCCUGUGCUGCCUGCAAGGGCGGCACAAAGGGUGUAUGUCGGCAAGUAG